AUGUUACUUUACCGCAGGGAAACACGAGAUUUUCUACAAUUUCUACGUGAUAUUCAAUAUGACCAUAGACAACUACCUGUAAAUUACAAUGGAGAAACGGUUGACAUUCAUGUUUCAGUUGUUGUGAGUAAUAUUCGAGCAGUUUCAGAAGUAACCAUGGAUUAUAGCUUGGAAUUAUUCUAUCGAGAAUCAUGGUUUGACAAACGUUUAGCUUACAACAGAACAAAUUUUCAAAACAAAUCAGAAUUAGCACUUCAUGAAAGUUAUACCAACUUUCUUUGGCAUCCGGAUACUUUCAUGCCCAAUGCAAUUGCAUCUAAAAAUCCACAAAAGCAUUCAAUCACUCACAGAUCUUUAUUAAGAUUGCAAGAGCAUGGUAGCAUCUUGUACAGCAGACGUUUGUCGGUUGUUGCUGAAUGCCCAAUGGAUCUUACUUUAUUCCCAUUUGAUUCACAAAUUUGUAAACUUGGCAUUGAAAGUUAUGGUUACACAUCAGAUCAAGUGCGAUAUAAAUGGUCAAACGGAUCAAAAAGAGCUCUAAAAUUACACAAAAUACGGUUACCUGAUUUUCAAAUUAGAGAAGCUUAUGUAACGAGCCAAAUGGAAACCUAUGCCACCGGUAAUUACAGUCGGUUGUAUAUAUGUUUUAUAUUUAACCGAGCAGCUGGUUUUUGCUUCUUACAACUUAUUAUUCCUUCCACAGCCAUAGUCAUCACAUCUUGGGUUUCACUUUGGAUGGAAAAUGAAACUUCAUUUCAGGAUAUGAUUUCGAUAAUUCUCACGAUAACGUUUUUGUUAUUUUCAUACAACGAAGUUAUGCCACGGGUUAGUUAUAUCAAAGCUAUGGAUGUUUACUUAGGUGUAUGCUUUUGUAUUGUAUUCUUUUCACUUAUUAAACUUGCUGUCGUAAAAUAUAUGCGACAACGUUUGCGCAUUUCAAGGUUUUGGAAAAUGAAAAAUUCCUCACUACAAUUCACACCUCAAUUCAUGCACAGAUUUCAUUGGAUAUCACAGAUGUUGUUCUUGUUCGGUUUCCUCGCCUUUUGCUUAUUUUAUUUUUUGGUUUAUCCAAAUAUUCAUCGGAUAACUUUUGACCCAGCAUGUGAAUUACAUCGGGCUGAAUAUUAUGCUACGAUAUCAUAG